AUGUUACUACCUGAGAGCAGAGCUAUUUCCCGAAUACGCGAAAGAAGGCGGGAACGUAUUUUACGAAAUUCAGAUCAGCGUAUUAGGAGGAUCCUGAGUGGACCAAAUGGAACGGAGGUACGAAACGCCCCUGCUUUGGAAGGUGGAGAAGGUUUCAAAGAUUUGGUACAUUCAUAUGAAACUCCGAUAAGGAUUGAUUUUGCGAUUGGCAGUUUCCUUUUUGUUGAUACAGAAUAUUAUUUGGCCUUGGAUUAUUUUUUACAUUAUCUUUCAUCACUAUGCGAUGCUGAUGGUUAUUUCUGUUCAAGGCUACGUUUGGUAUUGAAUAUUGAUCUUUUAUCACAUGCGGGUGCCAUUGUUCAAAACUUAUGGUGCUUCACCAAAGAGUCUUUAAUGGUUGCUUUGUCUUUUAUAUUAUUUAACGUACUUUUUUGCAUCCUUGCUUUGAUUGUUGGUAAAUGCUGCUCGUUCUAG